GCGUGGAAUAUUUUGCAAUAAAGAAUGGUGCAUAAUUUCUGUCUGAAUGGGAAAAAUAUCGUCACCGUGAAAUUACGUUUAUGGCCCUCCCGUCAUCUUCACAUCGAAACCCCAUCCGAGAACGAAGGAAACCAAAGAAUGGUCGGUCGGAGUAUAUGGCUUCUGCUGAAGAAUAGAUCGGCGGCGGCGGCCGCGCCGUUAUCAUCGGCGGCACCCGGGCAAGGGAAGUCGAAUCCGUGGGCUCGAAAACUAGUGUCAGGAGCACUGAUUUGCUUAGUCGGAGGUGUCGCUUUGAGUGCUCUCGAUGAUUUGGCCAUUUACCAUAGCUGCAGCAAAAAGGCCUUGGAGAAAGCCAGCAAGAACCAGGCGAUAGUUGAAGCUAUCGGGGAGCCUAUUGAGAGGGGCCCUUGGUACAAUGCUUCACUUGCAGUAGCUCACAAGCGGCACUCUGUAGCAUGCACUUUUCCCGUUUCUGGACCUCAAGGAUCCGGAAUUUUUCAACUGAAAGCAGUGCGUAAUGGAGAGGACACAUUGUUUUCGAUCCUACGGCCCCGAGACUGGGAGAUUCUAAUAAUGGAAGCUCUGGUUCAUGUCCCUGGAAAUGAACAGCCUGAGCAGACAUUUCGAAUUAGUGUCUCGGAUUCUCCUCCUCCAGACUUUAAGCUAUGCACUUCUUGCACACCACAACCAUCAGAAAUCGAAGGAAACAAUCAACUUCAAACUACUUUGAAUCAUUCGCAACAGGAGGUCUGACCACUUAAACAGUGCUUUUGUAAAGGUACCGAUGCAUUAUAAUUAUUUACUGCUUUUCCCUUGUGUUUAACUAUCUUCUGGCAAAUCUUUAUAUAUUGUUAAACUGGCUGCACGGAAUAAUCUGCUUUCGGAUAAUACUCUGAUUCUUUAGAACAAGUCUUGGUAGUUAACGGAUUUGUUUAGCAGAAACAAGAUUAUACUGAGAAGUAUGGAUUCAUUAUCUUAGGAAGAACCUUAUGAGGCUUAUGUUUUUUGUAGUGUAUGUUAGGGUGUGUGAUUUUGUUAA